AUCAUAAAUACCCAUUGGGCAAGUGUUAACUUUCCAAGUCUCUGUCACUUGGUCUCGAAUUGUCGGAAGGGACUUCAGAUGAUGCUGUUGAGAAAGCUCCCCUUAUCCAAGAGUAUUGGGUCUCUAGUCAAGAUUGUGUACUAUGGGUGGGAUAAAAAGAGAACGAGGGAACAGAGAGGCCCAGAGUGUGUAGGAGGAUAUGAUUCCUUGCUCGCUCGCUCGCUCGCUCGCUAGCUAACUAGCUAGCUCUUUUGGUCCCAAACAGUUUCGCUGGAAGUCUCUGGUUCAAGAAAUGAAGGGCACUUUUCCAGAGGUUGCUGGUUGUGGUCAUUCAGAUUCGGAACUGAAGCGUGAAAAAGUGUAAAAAGUUGUUCAUUGGAAAUAAAAAGAACUCCAGUCUUCCCAAUUUCGGAGGGGAUUGACAGCAUGGGUAUGAGUGUCACGCGCACCGUGUUGAUCUUCUCGGCAGUCUCGAGCUUGGCAUAUUUGGCCUUGGUCGAGUCCCGUCAAGUUCAUUUGGGACUCAUUGUUCCCUAUUCAAUAUACAAGGAUCGAGAUUACACCAAGAUGGUAUCGAAAUCCAUUUUUGAGCUUCGUAAAGCUGGCUCUAAACUAUUUGCCUUUCGUCCCAAUGAUCAAAUUCAUCGUAUUAUGAUGAAGGUCAAUCCUGGACCCACUGAGAUAUUGGGCACUCUUUGCGAUAAUUUUGCGCAGAACAACGUGUCAGCGAUCGUGUUCAUGACCAAUAAUGAACUGUUUGGAAGAUCCACGGCCUCGUCUCAAUAUUUCUUGCAACUGACGGCGUUUCUAGGCAUCCCCGUCAUCACAUGGGCUGCAGACAAUGCUGGUCUAGAAAUCAGGUCUCAUGAAGACCUCCAGGUUCAUCUUGCUCCAAGUAUUGAUCAUCAAGCCGAAGCUAUGCUGGCUUUACUCCGUCGCUACCAAUGGAAGCAGUUCUCGAUUCUCACCAGCAACAUUGCGGGUCAUGAGGAUUUUAUUCAGUCUGUUCGAGAUAAGAUACUCCCUUCAAGAAACCCACUUCAGAUUGAAAAUGUGGUUAAGGUGACGAUGCGCGAAGACCUUUUUGAACUGAAGAAGUCGGACUCACGGAUUGUGCUUCUCUACUGCACCCGAACUGAGGGCUUGGAAAUUCUCCAAUGGGCGGGGGAAUUGGGUCUGACCGGCAAACAUCACGUAUGGAUCGUCACUCAGAGCGUCAUUGCCGAUCCCAAUGACCUGGCUCCUGGAUUUCCGCCUGGAAUGUUGGGAGUGAGCUUCGACACUUCGUUGGAGUAUCUGAUUGAGCAAAUACCCAUAGCCUUGAAGGUCUUUUCCCGAGCUAUGGAUGCCCUCUUAGCAAACUCAAAGGGAUGGCAAGAUUCUCCGGGACUUUCUUGUAACUUACCGGAUCUACCCGACCAAGAUGGCUCCGGCACGUACAAGCAUUAUGGACGACUUUUGCAUAAAUACAUGCUCAAUGUGACUCUGCCCGAGAACGAAGGCAGAGGCCCCCUUCGAUUUCAUCACAACGGAGAGUUGACUGACGUGACUUUGAGAAUCAUGAACGCUCGAAUGAACGGCCUUUGGGAGGAGGUUGGAAUAUGGAAGAGCAAUCGAAACGGCGAUGGCCUGGACAUCCAAGACAUUGUUUGGCCGGAAAACAGCCUCGUCCCACCUGAGGGCGUCCCAGAGCGUUUCCAUUUAACUAUUGGCUUCCUGCCAGAGCCCCCAUUCAUCCAUGUGACCCCACCUGACCCGAUCACAAAUAAAUGCCACGUGGACCGAGGAGUCGUCUGCACCAUCCAUAAUGCCACCAGAAAUGAGCCUAUCGUGCAAUGUUGCUCAGGGUUUUGUAUUGACCUUUUGGAGAAAUUGUCAGAUGAUCUGCAAUUCGAAUAUAAUCUCGUUCAAGGCACUGACAAUCGAUGGGGAGUUCUUGAGAAUGGCACAUGGAACGGGUUGAUGGCUUCUUUAGUGGAAAAGAAGGUCGAUAUGGUGCUUACCUCAUUGAAAGUGAACUCAGAUCGAGAAGCCGCCGUGGAUUUCACUGUGCCAUUCAUGGAAACUGGAACCAGCAUCGUCGUGGCCAAACGAACGGGGAUUAUUUCCCCGACAGCUUUUUUAGAGCCUUUUGAUGCCGCCUCAUGGCUGUUGGUUGGAAUGGUGGCUGUGCAGCUGUCAGCUAUCGCCAUUUACAGUUUUGAAUGCGUUAGCCCCAAGGAGACACCACCGCCAUCCAAGAGUUUCAACAUGUCUGAUCUAACACUGUAUAAAACAUAUUGGCUGGUUUGGGCCUUGUUAUGCAAAACCCCGGUUCACAUCACCUCGCCCUGCACGUUCUCGGCUCGUUUUAUGGGCUCAGUUUGGGCCUUGUUCGCCGUGGUAUUUUUGGCUAUCUAUACAGCCAACCUGGCCGCUUUCAUGAUCUCGAGAGAGGAGUGGGACACCUAUACAGGCAUCCAAGACCCCAAGCUCUCGAACCCGAUGAGUGUGAAGCCUCCAUUGCGAUUUGGGACUGUCCCUUGGACCUACACCGAGCAUGCACUGGCUGUGCAUUUUCCAUCCAUGCACUCUCACAUGAAGCAGUUCAAUACAUUUGAUGCAGCCAGCGGGAUAGACAGAGUGAAGAAAGGGCAGCUGGAUGCUUUCAUUUAUGAUGGAACGGUGCUCAAUCACAUGGUAGCGGAAGAUGAGGAAUGCAAGCUGCUCACCGUUGGCUCUUGGUUUGCCAUGACCAGCUAUGCGGUGGCUCUACCCAAAAACUCCAAGCAUUACAUGAGUUUCAAUCGGGAAAUCAUCGAAUACAAGGAAAAUGGGGACUUGGAACGACUGCGUCGCUUCUGGUUUACUCGUUCCUGCAAUCCGAUGGAUGACGAGAACAAAUCUACAGAGCCUUUGGCGCCUGAGCAAUUCCUCUCGUCAUUUUUCCUCCUCUUCAGCGGAAUCCUACUGUCGUUUCUGAUCCUGAUACUGGAGCUGGUGGGCCUCUCAGACUAUUUGCCUUGGAACUUUCACUUCUGGAUUGAUUGGCAAACGCGCAAGGACCGACCCAAAUCUGAUAAAGAGAAAGCCCAUGAUGCGCCUAAAUCCAAGAAACUGCAACAUCUCUUGUGUCAAAGCAGAAAAUGUAAUCUGGGGAAGCUCCAUCUUCAAAUAGAAUUGGGGAACAAAAGGAGUCACAUUGCGCGACUGGCUAAGCGAUUGGAAAUUCUCGAAGGAAUGAAAUAAAUAAAAAGGAUUUGCUCCACUCUUUACAUUGUUGGAGUGCCUUUCAAUUAGA